CUUUAUUCACAUUUUUUUGUUUAUUUUUACUAUUGAUAAUGAAAAUUAGUCAUGCCAGCUUUUUCUUUGUAUUUGUUCAGUUUAAUUUUUUUGAGUCAAACUAAAUAAACUUUGAACUUCCACUACUUUAAAUUUGUAUUCCACCUACUCCUUAUAAAAAAGGGGAGUAAUUCCGGACUGUCUCCACAGUGUGCCUAAGCUGCAAUAGAACUGUGUCGAAUCGCCGAACAUGUCUACCGGACUCAGUUAUAAUUCAUCGCCGGCGAUGCUAGCUGCACCUCCUUACCCUUCCGCAAUUCUGAGUCCUCGCCGGAAUUUGAAAUCUAGGGUUUCCGCAAGAGCUAAUGGGAUUAAAUCGUGUUUCGUCGACCCAAUCCGAGAGAAACCGAUCAUCAAAGAAGCUCUUAAGGAGCCCGUGGCUUUCAUGGGAGGGAUGCUUGCUGGGCUGUUAAGAAUUGAUCUAAAUGAAGACCCUCUCAAGGAAUGGGUCACUAGAACCGUGGAGGCUUCCGGAGUUACACCUGAAGAAAUUCAUGCCGCAGGUGAGAACCGACCUGAAGAAACCCCACAGCCGAUAGAUAUUGAAUGACUUUAUUACAAGUUAACUUGCAUUCGUUAAGACUCAUUUAUUAUUUCACAAGAAUUGUAAAAAGUGUAUUGCCUAAUGUGCAAGUUGGGUCUAGCUGAUGAUUACAAUGCACUUUUUACCAUUCCAGUGUAUAAUAUGAGAGGUUUAACGAAUGCAAUGUUGCAUCUGUAAGAUAAACAGAAUGUUAUUUGAACCUCAUACAAUGCUUUUUUGGCUAAUAAUUCGUGUCAAAUACGAUUCUACGGUGCCUGUUUAGUUGAGAUUAG